CGGAAGUACAUUUUUCAAUGACGUCACAUAGCUUAGUUACAGAAAGCGUUUCCAUUUAUUUGUCUCCGGAUUUAGGCUAUCUAUUAUAUCUACAAUCAUGCCUGGGCUAUUAGAUUUAUUACGGAAGAUGAAGCGUAAAGACACAAGGGAGCUACGCGUUCUCUUACUGGGUCUGGACAAUGCUGGCAAGACUACCAUUCUAAAGUUCCUGUCAAAUGAAAGCCACGACAACAUCUCACCAACACAAGGAUUCAACAUCAAGAGUGUAAACGCAAAUGGCUUGAAAUUGAAUGUCUGGGAUAUUGGAGGGCAGCGGAAACUAAGACCGUACUGGAAGAAUUAUAUCCAAAGCACAGAUGUGUUGAUCUAUGUGAUAGAUAGCUGCGACAGGGACAGAUUUGAAGAAACUGGUCUGGAACUCCAAGAUCUUUUAGAAGAAGAGCCCUUACAGGGAACACCUGUGUUGAUAUAUGCCAAUAAGCAGGAUUUGCUUGGCGCUGCAAGUCCAGCGGACCUUUCAGAUGAUGAAGCCCUUAGCCUUCGUUCAAUACGUGGCAGGGCAUGGCAAAUACAAAGAUGCUCAGCGCUCACUGGAGAGGGCUUAAAGGAAGGUAUGUUGUGGGUGAUGAAGAACUCGAGCUCGAAGACCUCGAGCACAAAGAAGUAAGAGACCUCGAGCAUCAGCCUCUUCUAGUUAUGAACAGGACAGUAUAUGAAGAGGAUCUUAAAUCAUCAGGAAACCGGUCAUCGCAAGCUCACACGCAAUGGUUGUUAGGACUUUGGUGUUCUUGUAAAACCAGUAUCACCUACAAAUAUGUACCUAUACAACUUUAUUUAAUCCAAAACCUGUCAGUAAUAAUGAGUCAACAGUUUUGAGUCUCUUGAUACACACAUAUACCAUGUAGUAAGCUACAUGCAUGUGUACAAGAAUGCUGUCAUGGAAGGUAUUGUCGGCUCAUUAUACAGACUGCGUUUUGUAGCCCAAGCUCAUUUGCUUCUUUAGCACAUACUGUAUCAUCACAUCAUAAUCACAAGGAUGGGACAAUCCGUAUGUGAUUUUUUUCAUGAUAAUUCUUCUCCACAAUUACAUUAUGCCUGUUAAUGAUUCCUAUUAUAGAAUAUUCAUGGUACCCUAUCACAUAAUUGGAAAAGAGUAAUCUUUGUUAUCUUUUUCAAUUCCCACUUGCACAAAAAUGCAAUGAAUGUAGCAAUCUUACAAUUUUAAAAUGAGCUGAUUGUUAUAAUUUUUUUUAAUAUUUGAA